AUGGUCUACUUCACAUACAGCCAAGUAGCUUUCGUCACUCUCUUGGCAUUCGCAGCCAUAAAUUCAGGAGAAUCAUUGAAUCCAACUGUCAUUAACGAGAGGCUAAAUAAAAUUGAAGCUAAAAUAAAAGAAGUAAUUUCGGAGCUCAAACCUGCAGAAGGGAGAGUGCAAAGUUUAACAGCCAAGAUUCUUAGUCAGAAUGCAAGCUUACGAGGAGAAAUAGAAAACUAUACGGACUGCCUGGAAACUGCAUACAAAAACAAGUGGGGAGAAUUUACAUUUACAGAGAUUAUAAAACACCUGAAAAUCCAGUAUGGUGAAACAUUAGGUGAAGUGUUAGAAUGUAGCAAACAAGGUGCCUCUGAAUAUCUUGAAAAGAAGACAGCGUCCCCUGUAGACAAAUGUCUCGAAAAGCUUCCUUCAGCGAAUCGAAAAGAUCUGCAGCAACUGCAAGUAGAAAUCGAAGGAGUAUUCUACCACAACGGCUGGUUUAGCGUUGCAGUUUUUUUUAAGAAACUUUACAAAAACCAGUUGAAGAUGUUGAGAGGAAAUUGAAGAGAAGAGUACCAGGAUGAAUGUCCAAGUCGGCGUACUACUGAAUAGAUGUAGAUUGUAGAAGCUUUCGUAAAUAUUUUCUUUUCAAUAAAAUAAAUUAAAUAAAUCAAUUAUCUGCUA